AUGAUUCGCCUCACUAAUAUAUUUGCAGUGACAGUGCUGAUGUUACUUCCUUUCACAGAGUGGCAUUUGGUUUCUGCUGAUUUUUAUAAGGGAAUACACGUAACCAUUCACAAUCGAUUGGGUGGAAAUAGGGCAGUGGAUCUUCAUUGCAAAGCCGACGAUAGGCACAGUAAUGAAGGAGAUCUAGGGCAGCAAACAAUCCCUGAUAAUGAAGACUUUUCAUGGAAGUUUAUAAGGUUGAUUAGAGAUAAAUAUCCACUCUACUAUUGUGAUAUGAGUUGGGAGAGAAUGCCAAACCAGAGAGUAAUCGCUACCGCUGUUCAUAUCUAUGAGUUUCACAGGGAUGAUCCGUUGUGUGGCAAGUGGUGUGCGCGUACUGUCAAGCCGGACGGCAUUUAUGCUAGAGAUCUAGAGCAUCAGAAGGAUGUUAAGAUAUACCAGUGGUCUAUACCAAUGGUAGUUUGA